AUGGUGAAUGAACUUUUGUCUGCGUGGGGCCCCCGUGCUAAGUUCGUUGAUGAUCUUACCGCUUUGGAAAUUGUACCUAGAAAUUCCCCUUCCUUGAUGAAUCACAUCGUGGCAGAUAUACACUCGUUUGCUGAAGUGAACAAUAUGAAGCUGAAUCCUGCCAAGUGUAAAGAUAUGAUUGUUAACUUUCUUCAUUUCAAUACUAGUGUUUUGCAACCCAUCAUCAUUGGUGCAACACGCGUGGAAUCUGUUUCAUCAUUUGAACUGCUCGGAGUGUAUGUUACCAGUGAUUUAACAUGGUCUGUGCAUUGUGAAUACAUUAUUAAGAAAUCCAAUAGGCGUUUAUAUGCGUUGAGGAAGCUUAAGAGGAGUGGGGUAGCCCCAACAGACAUCCUAUGUGUUUAUUGUGCAAUUAUAAGAUCAGUAUUGGAAUAUGCUUCUGUCGUUUUCGCCAACCUUCCUCAAAAUCUUAGCGACGAUCUUGAAAGGGUCCAGAAACGAGCACUGGCCAUAAUAUACCCUAACUAUUCCUAUGAUGAUUCCCUAAAACUAGCUGGUAUCGAACCGCUUGUCUUACGGAGGGACGCCGCCUGUAAGAGAUUUGUGGAGACAAUCCUACCUGGAAACCCACUCUAUCCAAUUGUUCAUAGCCGGUCAGCACCAGUGAACCAUGGUUAUAAACUUAGAUCUGACAAUGUUGCGAGGAAUAUCAGGACGCGAACAGACCGGUUUCAGAAAUUCGUUACCAUUAAGUAUGCGACCUGA